AUGCUCCUCAGCAUUCAGCCUCGCGGCCUCUCUAAGGGACCCCAGAGCAGCUGCACGCUUGACCACGGUCCACAACGGCAGGUGGUACUUGCAAGGAAAGACGACGAGGUGUAUCUUCGACUUAAGCUAGAUCUCUUUUGGGCGCACGCCCGCGGAGUCAAACGGCUCGGGGUUCUCUCUGACUCGAUAUUUACCAACUGCCCUUCAAGGGCCGACUUCUAUGUUCCCGUCAAUCCGUGGCACUACGCCGUCCCAACUUUGCGAGAAAUGUCCGAUAGUAUGCACACAGAGGAAGACAUAAGGCUGACGCUUGAAGAUAGGGAUCCGGCGCUGGCAAGCAUUCUUACAGGCAUUCCCCUUCAGCAGUGUCCAGGACUCGUUAGUCGAACGUUUGACGGAGAAUUGGCUCAUCAGUUCAGAGAAGACACGUACUUGCAGCACUGCAAGGAGCGGAUCAUUGCUCUAUCAGCUACCGAUGCUCUAAAGACACUCGACAGAGCCAUCGACUUUUGUGCACAACUGUUUGACCAAACCACAAUCCAGAAGCUCAGGCAAGAUCUGGGGGCCCCAAAGGCCUCAUGCCCACCAAUGGCCGUAUCUGCAACUAAGGACGCUAGACAAGGAGCGCGCCAAACAAAAGUGAAGCGCCAAACCAAAGAGGCACCCGGGACCGGACCCAUCGACGCAUUUCUGCGCACAAUAAAGAAGUAA